AUGGCCAGUCCUGUUCAAGGCGAAUAUCGCCAACCCCUGCCGAGUCCGCCGGCGGCCUACCUCCGAUCAACACCUCCAUUUCCUCCCGAAUCAACUCCUCGAACCAUCACGAAUCGCCCCCAGAGCUUGAACCUUAGUCGCAAACCAGUUCCCCCUGCACAGUCGGAAACAUCACCUGUGAUUCAAAACUCGCCCCGCUCACCGGUCAAGAUCGAUCAUGGCGCACCCAUCCCUCAGCCGUCCAGUGCUCAAAUUGAACCCCCAUACAAUGGCCCCAUCACGCCCCAAUUGGAGCUCCCCGAGUUCACAGACAUGACACUCGAGGAUUCAGUGCGGCAACCGCGCCAGAGCUGGAACCCUUCAUAUCCCCCACGAAGGGACUCAACACAGGCCCCGCAGUACACACAUCCGCACCCCUACGGACACACCCCUGCUAGCAGCGGGUCGUGGUCGGUGGUAGAGCCCAAGGAAGAUGGAGGACACGGGAACCCGAAAAAGAGCGGCUCCUCUCUAGACCGUGAGGGUCUGAGCUACAAUAGUUCCUCGAGGGGCAGCUUGGAUAGCGUGGCGCACGCGUCGGACAGCUACGAGCCUCUUGCCUACCAUCACCAGCAACAGCCAGCGAGAACUGCAGGCAAGCCCGUGCCAAAUCCCCCAGAGACCCCGUCAGGAUCGACAGACAAGCUAGCAGUGCGGCGGUCGAGGCUGGCACGCCCUCUCUCGGCAUACUCGUCCAACUCCGAUGUCGGAGGCCACCGCCGCAAUCUCUCCGCAUCGCCGUACCUACACGGCCGCUCCGCAUCACGAAACUCCACCGCAUCACCAGAUACACGGCCUCUGUCAGUCAUCGACCUGCUCAACACCUCCUACCCCCAACCAGGACCGACAGCCGUCCAAUUCGACAAUUCCCGCCUCCAGGCCAGAGUCGGCAAUAAUGCCUCCCUCCUCAGCCACAAAGAAACCUUCGAAAUGUACCUAGCAAACGUCAAAAAGACCGAUGAGCCAACAGUCCUCUACGAAUUUGCCGUCUUCAUGAUAAACUCCAUGCGCGAAAUGCCAGCCGUCGACCUCGAAGACUCAAGCCCAAUUACCCGCGCCCGCCUCCUCCGCGAAUCCAAAUCAAUCCUCCAACGCCUCGCAGACCGCAGCUAUCCCUUCGCUCAAUACUACCUAGGCGACGGCUACGCCUCAGGUCUCUUCAACAAAGGAAAAGAAGACCACGACCGAUCCUUCCCCCUCUUCGUAGCAGCCAGCAAACACGGCCACGUCGAAGCCUGCUACCGCACAGCCCUCUGCUACGAAUUCGGCUGGGGCACCCGCCCCGACGGAGGCCGCGCCGUCCAAUUCUACCGCCAAGCCGCGUCAAAGAACCACCCAGGCGCAAUGAUGCGCAUGGCCAAAGCCUGUCUAGCCGGCGACAUGGGCCUUGGCAAGCGCUACCGCGAGGGUAUAAAAUGGCUAAAGCGCGCCACCGAGUCCGCAGACGCACAGUACAAUUCUGGCCCGUACGAGCUAGGCGUACUCCACGAGACAGGAUUCGGAGACGACGUCUUCCCAGACGAGGCAUACGCCGCGCAACUGUUUACCAAAUCCGCUGAACUGGGCCACGUCGAGGCGUGCUACAGACUUGGCGAUGCAUACGAGCACGGCAAGCUAAGUUGUCCGCGCGAUCCAGCGCUCAGUAUCCAUUUCUACACGACCGCUGCGCAAAACGGGCAUCCGCUUGCUAUGAUGGCGCUUUGUGCUUGGUAUCUUGUUGGGGCGGAACCUGUUCUGGAGAAAGAUGAUGGCGAGGCGUAUGAGUGGGCUGUGCGGGCUGCGCAUUUGGGUCUUGCUAAGGCUCAGUAUGCUGUUGGGUACUUUACUGAGAUGGGCAUUGGGUGUCGGCGUGAUCCGCUCGAGUCGAAUGUUUGGUAUGUUAAGGCUGCUGAGCAGGGUGAUGAGCGGGCUCGGCAUCGUAUUGCUACGAUUAGUGCUGCGGCCGAUGGGGUGCGUUCUAAGGGCUCCGGGAAUGGUGGGAGAUUGAGGAAGUCUGAGCCGAGGGCUCAGGCUCAGGUUCAUAGUCAAGAACCCGAGAAACAGAAACAGAAGCGUUUUGUCAUUUUCUGA